AUGUCAACAUCAUUAAGCGAAGAACUUGGUUCUCUUACAGCAACUCUUAAUUUAGCACUUGGAAUUGGACUUAUUAUAGUUGGAAUCAUUGGUGGAAUAUUUAAUGUACUUGUAUUUUCUCGAUCAACUUUAAGAAAAGCAUCUUGUGGAAUUUCUGGUUUAUUUACACGUUCAUUAAUUGUUUUAGCUUCACUUGAUAGACUAUUAUUAUGUUCAUUAAAUGCAACAACACGAUCUUUAUGUAAUGUUAAAAUGGCAAUACGAAUUAUUAGAAUUCUAAAAUUAUUUUCAUUUAUUCUACCAAUUCAUGUUCUUAUAUCAAAUAAUCUUCAUUUACCUUUACGUAUAUGUUAUUCAGAUGUUUAUUGGUUAAAUAUUUAUGAUAUUAUAUAUCAAUAUAUAUUUGUUGUUAUUUUACCAAGUGGUUUAAUGAGUAUAUUUUCAUUUAUACUUAUUUAUCGUCUUCGUAGUCAAAGAAUUCGUCUUGCACGUGAACUUCGUAUUCGUGAUAAACAACUUAUUUGGAUGUUAUUAUCACAAGUAUUAUUUUAUACAAUUUUUCACGUACCUGUUCCAAUUAGUUUAACAUAUAUUCGUAUAACAUCAUCUUUAAUACGCAACAAUGAUCGUAUUACAAUUGACAAUUUUUUCUCGUUUUUAAUUAAUACUGAAAUAAUUUAUUUUUAUUUUUCAAUGACAUUUAUUCUUAAUAUAAUUAUAUCAAGAACAUUUCGUAAAGAAUUUCUUGAUAUAUGGAAAAAAAUAAAUGAAAAUAUUUUUCAAAUCAAACAUAUAACACGAAUUGUACCCUUUAAUUCUCCAACUUUAAUUAAAUAA